UACAGAGGCUUGCUGUCCACCUCGAUGAACGUCAUAAUGUUACAUUUCAAGAUGAAGAGAAUCUUCAGAAUGUCGCCAACCGUAAUCAAAAUCGUAUAACAACCUUGACUGCUUGGUUUCAGGAGAAUAUAGAAAACCCGAUGGCAUAUAUAUAUACCUAUGUCGAUUUUCCUUCUUAUUAUACUUGGAAUUCUUCACGCU